UAAAUCAUCGGUAUUAAUUUUCUGACAGAUGAUAGAGUGGGAGAGGCUCUCUCCUCCGACGGACGAUGCCGAAUCCCAGUCCUCCAUUUCAGAAAUGAAAAACGAAAAUUUCCCGGGAAAAUAAUUGGAAUCCAAGAAAAUAUUUCAAUUCCGUCGAGAAAGUUACAAUUCAUCUCAUCCACUCCAAUUCCGCUUCCAUUUAUCGAAUCAAUUGUCGACCACCAGUUUUACAGUUCCACUGAUUCACGCCGCUGAAGCUCUUCGUCGGAGCUUGUAUGAAUCCUUGCGCUGGUUUUGUGUAUGGAGAUUACGUACGCAUCACCCAGCGCGACUAGCCUUGCUUCAUCCAAUUCUGCCCUUUCCUCCAUGCCUGCCUCGAGCCGACCGGUCAAGGUCAUUCCCCUGCAGCAUCCUAGCACGACGUCGUCAUCUCCCUCCGGUGCUUCUGCCGGAGCUCUGGUGAAGACAUGGACGGCGAAGGUGAAGCGGAUGACUUGGAUUCAAUGGAUGGAGCUUUUGCUGCCUUGCUCCCGCUGGAUUAGAACGUAUAAAUGGCGGGAAUAUUUACAGAGCGAUCUAUUGUCCGGGAUUACUAUUGGCAUCAUGCUCGUUCCGCAGGCAAUGUCUUAUGCAAAAUUAGCUGGGCUUCGACCAAUAUAUGGACUUUAUUCUGGUUUCUUCCCUCUGUUCGUCUAUGCAUUUUUUGGUUCUUCACGUCAGCUUGCAGUUGGUCCAGUAGCAUUGGUUUCUCUCUUGGUUUCUAAUGUCUUGGGUGGAAUUGUCAAUUCAUCUGAGGAACUAUAUACUGAACUUGCAAUAUUACUGGCACUCAUGGUUGGAAUAUUGGAAUGUGUGAUGGGGCUGUUGAGGCUGGGAUGGAUUAUUCGCUUUAUCAGUCACUCUGUAAUCUCUGGCUUUACUUCGGCUUCUGCCAUUGUGAUUGGAUUAUCCCAAGUGAAAUACUUUCUGGGGUACGAUGUAUCAAGAAGUAGCAAAAUCGUGCCACUAAUUGAGAGCAUAAUAGCUGGAGCUGACGGGUUCUUAUGGCCGCCUUUCAUAAUGGGGUCAGUCAUCCUUGCGGUACUUCAGAUCAUGAAGCAUUUGGUUCUUUCUCAAGAUCAGCCGUGAGCCACGAAAGUGGAGCUAAAACUGGCUUAUCUCAGAUUGUUACAGGAAUGGUCAUGGGUGGGGCCCUUCUUUUCCUGACUCCAUUGUUUAAGUACAUACCUCAGUGUGCAUUGGCUGCCAUUGUGAUCUCUGCUGUAAUAACUUUGGUGGAUUACGACGAGGCUAUUUUUUUGUGGCGCAUUGACAAGAAAGAUUUUCUUCUAUGGGUGAUUACUGCUAUUUCUACGUUGUUUCUUGGCAUUGAGAUUGGCGUCUUAAUUGGGGUGGGUGUUUCACUAGUCUUUGUCAUUCACGAAUCUGCAAAUCCACAUAUGGCUGUAUUGGGGCGUCUUCCUGGCACUACUGUGUACAGAAAUGUUCAACAGUAUCCAGAGGCAUAUACUUACAACGGAAUUGUGAUUGUUCGGAUUGAUGCACCAAUUUAUUUUGCAAACACGAGUUUCAUCAAAGACAGGUUACGUGAAUAUGAAGUUGAAGUUGACCGAUCUACUGGUCGUGGGCCAGAUGUUGAGAGAGUUUAUUUCGUUAUUAUAGAGAUGGCACCCGUUACUUAUAUAGAUUCUAGUGCUGUCCAGGCUUUCAAAGAAUUGUAUCAGGAAUACAAACUUCGAGAUAUUCAGAUUGCCAUUUCCAAUCCGAAUCGAGAAGUUCUGCUUACAUUUUCAAGAUCCGGUGUCGUCGAGCUUAUUGGCAAGGAGUGGUUCUUUGUGAGAGUUCAUGAUGCAGUUCAAGUCUGUCUUCAGCAUGUGGAGAGCUUAAAGGAGACAAACAGGAGAUCAGAUUCUUCACCAAAUGAUGCAUCAAGCUUUCUCCAAAGCUUAGUGAAAUCCAGAAGUGAGGAUUUAUCAGUUAGCCAAUUAGAGGCAGGCAUCAAAAAGCUUCCAAGUUCCAAUGAAAUUGACCCUCGAUUGGAACCAUUGCUGCCUCGAAUGCCUUGAGAAUAAUUUUUUUGAUAGAAUGCAAAGUGUAUCAAUUAUUUUGCAAAUUAGCUGUGCAUAUGUAUGCUUUAUUGCUUCAAUUUGCUUUAUAUAUGUAAAUUGAUAUGUUGUACCGUUGAGUAAAAAUAUAUACAGUCUAUUUUGUAAAGUAUCAAGAUAAAUUCGGCAUGAUUAUGUAUUCAUUUUGAUGUAUGCCGUGGCAAUAAAAAAUUUGAUAUGUCUGAUAAUAUUAAUGCAUUUGAA